AUGUGGCUGAAAGAAUACGCAACAGUAGACGGAAACGAUUCGAAAAAAUGGUGGACAUACCUUGCAGACGAUAUCCUCGCAUCAAACGUGACAAAGGACGUCAAACCAAAAGAGAGAAAACUAAGAAUCAACCCAUUAUACCAAACCUGGAAACCGAAGAUGAGCGACCUCCCAGAUGAGCUCAAAAACAUGAUGAAAAUGGCGAAAAAAUACGCGGUAGUGCCAGACGGCAUAGCAAUAUCCAGGCAUGUCAUGAGACAAAUGCCCAUGUGGGACCAUGUCCACGCAGACACGAAGAAAUUAAAACAACUCACCAAAACCUCACAGGCGACCUACUGCCUGAUCAGAACCCACGACCUCAAGACAGUCGGAGACUUCGAGAAAUUCGCGAGCAAGCUACAACGAAGGGGCCACAUCCCAAGAGGGAAGUGCCCAUGCGCCGAAUGCAAAGAAACGAAAGAAAACACGGGGUGCUUGAACCCUCACAAAUGCUUUGAAAGAGCGAAAACGUACCUGGACACCCUCUCCCCGAAAUGGGAUCCCCGAGGCGAACACCAAGAGGACCACGAAGAGGCCCAACUCGAAGAGUCGAAAAGAACCUUCGAAGAGGAAGAGAACGCCGCAAUCUUCGACCCAAGGGUAACGACUAGAGGGAACAUAAGCUCAACGCUCCGCAUCUUCACAGAAUACUCGAUAGAAAACCCACCGUACAGAAACAAAUACCUGAAUAAGUUCGAAUCGGAAGGAGGAACCUUGACGCUAGCAACGGACGGUUCAUGCGUAAGAAACGGGGAAGAGGACGCACAAGCGGGAGCAGGGGUAUAUGCGGGAGCAAACAACGCUCUAAACCGAGAAAUAAGACUCCCUCCAAACAUCGAGCAAACAAACCAAACUGGGGAAGGCGUAGCAACACUCACCGCCUCCGAAAUUGCGGACCGACGUACUCCACUU